ACUGUCAAAGUAUCCCAAAUACAAACUUUCCAUGGGCUGUAAGGAUUCCCAAGGAAGCUGUGAAUAAAUCACGACAGGAAAACAAUGGAUGUGCGUUUGUUGCAGUUCUACGGUUCAUAAAUAUGAUAAACAAGAAUCAAACUAAAAACCGGACUGUUUUGAACAAUGAGGUUUAUGGAAUAGCGAUGAAGGCCAAUAUCACCAACCUUACUGUUAAUAUUGAAAUGUUCUUUAAACAGAAAGAUCCGGUCAGUAAGGCAUCCUGCCAUUCUUGGGAUGGAAACGGAGAACUUAACUGGACGACAUUCGGCUGUGAGACAGAAACAAUCGAACAAUCGAACACCAUAAAGUGCUCCUGCUCACAUCUGACAUUCUUUGCAAUCCCACCGUUUCAGUCAGAUGCAAAUAAAACAGUGGUGCAUUUACAGUCAUUGACUUUUAUCACUUCUAUCGGCUGUGGCAUCUCCAUAUUUUUUCUGUUCAUGGCUUUAUUGAUGCACUUCCUGUUUCGGACAGCCCAAUCAAAUCAGGCCACGAAGAUCCUGAUGAACAUGUUUGUGGCUUUGUUUCUACUGAAUAUCUCGUUUUUGUCAAACGAGAGCGUCGCUAACACAGGAGACAACGCUGUGUGUGUCUUCAUAGCGCUGCUCCUGCAUUACUCCAUGCUGGCCUCAUUCACCUGGUUCUUCAUUCAAGCUCUUCAUAUGUACUUAUGGCUCAUCAGACAGAACGUCACCAUCACAAACUACAUGAGGAAGAUCACCGUGUUGGGCUGGGUUUGUCCGGCUCCAAUAGUCGUAGUUAUUGUUUCUGUAGGAGGAUAUGAAACAGUGAUUCUAAACACAUCUGGAAAAAUCACACAAAUGUAA